AUGGCGACCAACCGCUACAGAAUGCGAGCAUACGGCCGAAACCAAUACUGCGAGAGGCAGGUCAUGGACCGACUUGCAGCAAACUACGACACCGACAAGCACUACCAUCGCGAGCCCUUCGCACACACAGGCGAAUGGUUCAUGACCGACGCGCGAGUCGAGCGCUGGCGCGACACUAACGGCCCCGCCAUCCUCUGGCUAACCGGCAGUGCAGGCUACGGCAAAUCCAUUCUUACGCAGACACUAGCGGAGCAAAGCAACCAAAUUUGGUGGCGUAAUGCUGCGAAGACCACUCCGCACACGACCGUGUGCUACUACUACUUCCGCGCGGGCUAUCCGCGGCGCGAGAUGGCUGCCCCGGCGCUGUGUGCACUGCUGCACCAGCUGUUCGCCACGACGCCGGCGCCGAAUUUGGUUGGGCGUGCGAUCGAAUCUCGUACCGCUCGGUCUUCGGGGAGCGACGAGCUGGGGUUUGAAGAGAUGGGGCAGGUCUUUGAGAGCUGUAUGCGCGACUCCAGGACGGGGGAGUUGGUUGUGUUGCUGGAUGCACUUGAUGAAUGUGAUCACACUGAGCGGAGGACUCUACUCGCGUAUUUUGGGUCUCUUUUCGCUGCUUUGGCGAGACCCCCGGCCCGCGAGUCUCAGUGCACGCUGAAGUUGUUUCUGACGAGUCGCCCGUUACAUGGCGAGCUUCGGCGGGACUUUGACAUGCUCCGGGGGCAGGUAGGUGUAGGUGCGAUGGAGGUGAUUGAUGCUGAUGAGAUGCUUGCCCUGAUCCGACCUGAGAUGAAUCCCACCAUCGAGUCCGCUGUCAAGACGUUCCCCGAGGAGCAGCGUCUGCGAAUAUGGAGGGUCAUCAGGGAAAAUGAGUCUAGAAGCUGGCUGUGGCUGCGGAUGGUGGUAGGGAUGGUCCUGAAGGCUCACGCUGGCAAAGCAGAGGAAGAUGAGCAGUCCAUGUAUCCGAGCGUGGACGCCUUGCUGGAAGACCUGCCGAGAGACGUCGAGACUUUGUAUUCCAGGGCACUGGACAUCGCAAGUCUCAACUAUGGCGAAAGUCUGGUCGAACAGCUCUUACAUAUCAUUCUGGCUGCAAGACGGCCUCUUGGGAUAAAGGAGGUGCUGGUGGCCCUGGCAUGUGCCAGUAUGGAUCCCAUCAAGGCUGUUUCAGCCUCGGAGAAAUACACCUACGACGAAUUGGCCAAGCAACAACCAGAGUUGGCCAGUUUGAUCAAGGAGCUCGACAAGGUCGUGUUCCGGGUGUACGUUGGAACCGUGGAUUUCGUCCACUCAUCGGCACGAGACUUCCUGGUCAUGAAAAAUGAAAGUCUAAAACCAUUUUCAGAUUCACCAUCCCCGCAAGAGCCAUGGAAAGGCCGAUUAAACAUAGCAGAGGCACACGCCAUGGCCACACGCGCAUGUCUGUCGUUUCUUCUGACCACGUAUACUCCCCGGACCACAACAGAGCACCAGGACAACAAUCGGCAGAUGAAACAAAAAGAAAAGGAGUCUCCAUUCUUGCGGUAUUCGGCCGAGCACUGGUCCCGCCACUUCCGGUCGCAGACCGAAUCUGCCAUCAAGGCGACUAUCACGCCGGCCUGGGCGCUGUGCAACGGUAAUGGGCCCGAAAAGAACAACUGGCUGCGGCUCUAUGGCAGGAAAGGGCUCUGGGUAAGUCCGGGGCUGGGCGUGGCGGUCUACCUGGGCAUCACCCCGGUGGUCCGAGCGGUGCUGGAGGAGUUUCCAGAAAGGACAGCCAACGUGGACACUCACGGCGAAAAUGACAUGAUCGGUAACGGGUCCACCCGGCGGCACUGUCGCUGCAUGCUAUAUCAGGCGAUCAAAAAUAGAGACAGUGCAGUGGCGCGGAUGCUCUUCGACAAGGGCUGGAAGUUGCGCCCGAACUGUGAAUGCAACAGGUCGCUGUCGACGAGUGCCGAGAUGGGCCACGCCGACCUGGUGCAGAUCAUCCUCGAUCAAGGCACGGCAGUGAAAGGGCCCAGCGAGUCCGAAUAUAGUCCCCUGAUACAAGCCUGCAGGAGAGGCCACCAAGACAUUGUGCGCAUCCUCCUGGCCCGCGGCGCAAAUGUCAACUUCGCACCCGAGCCAGGCAUCCAUACGUGCUACAGCCCGCUGGAGGUCGCGACCACUGGAGGCCACCUGGAGAUUGUGCGAAUGCUGCUGGACCACGGGGUGUGGUUUCGACUGUAUGGGAUCCGCGCUCUCUGGGAUGCAUGUCGCCUAGGCCAUCUGGAGAUUGCCCGUCUUUUGCUGGAAAAGGGCCUAACGCCCAAUGUGAGAUGGAAUGCCGGGUCUGGCAGUGGGCUCAAUAUGGCGGUGCAGGGUGGACACACAGAGAUCGUCAGCUUGAUGCUGGAUCACGGUGCCAAGGUUUUCAAGAAUGAUAUCGAAAUAGCUGUUCGAAACGGCUUCGAGGAGAUUGCGUACAUGCUCCUGGAUCCGUUUAUCGCCCUGUUAUUGUGUUAA